CAUCUUUGUCACCAGCAGCGGGGCCGACAUGUGCCUAUGACCAUGGAGAUGAAGGACUCAGGCAGUGUGGUCCUGACAGCUUACCAUCCCCACAGCCCGGCCAGGAUCCCGGGCAUGGAGCAGAGCUUUGUGCAGGACAUCCCCCCCAGCCAUUCGCCUACCAGCAGAAAGUCUCUCCCUCGUUGUCGAAGAAUUAACAGGAUGCUUUCCAACGAGUCGGCACCUCCUCCUGCAUUUAGUCGCUCCAACUCACAGGCCUCUAUGGACAGUACUUCCAUGGAGGACUUCUGGUGUGAAGUGGAGAGCAUCAAGGAGAGCAGUGAAGAUGGAUCUGAAGAAGCAACACUCUUGGAGUUCAAACCUGCUGAUGAAGGGGAGCUGGAGGCAGAAUGGCUGCAAGACGUAGGUUUAUCUACGUUGAUCUCUGGAGCUGAAGAGGAGGACGGCCAAGCCCUGCUGUCCACUCUGACCCGAACUCAAGCUGCUGCCGUACAGAAGAGGUAUAACACCUACACUCAGACCCUGAGGAAGAAGAACAAGCACACAGUCCGGGAUGUGCGAGACAUCUUUGGCACCAGUGACUCUUCUCCCACAUUUGAGACAGUUCCAGUGUCACCAGUUCCUUCUAAUGGCAUCCAGCUUCCUGGGCAGAAGCCAGUUUGGAAAUCAGUUAGCUCUAAUAGCUGUCUAGACUGCGGACUAGAUAAAGGCAGCCCAUCCGUAACAGAAGAGCUCUCCUAUGAGGUCUCUUUCUCAGAAUCCAUUACAGUCCUUCCAAAAACCCAAGAAUGGCCAAAAAACCAGAGGUUCAAAAAGGAAGACUCUGCUUUGCCUAAAUUCAUUGUUCGGAAAAGCCGUUUUGGACUCACAGAGGUUGGAGACCUGUCUCCUGAAGACAUGAAGAAGAUCCGCUACCUCUCCCUGAUUGAGCUAACGGCCUUCUAUGACGCACUGGGGGUGGAGCUGAAGAGGAACCGCGUGGAAAGAGUGCGAGGACGAGAAAAUGGUUUGUUUGGAGUCCCUCUCACCAUACUGCUGGAGAAUGAUCAAAAGAAGGUUCCUGGAAUAAAAGUACCCCUCAUCUUCCAAAAAUUGCUGCUCAAGCUUGAGGAAACAGGUUUGGAAACCGAAGGAAUUCUACGAGUGCCUGGAUCUGCCUCCAGAGUCAAGAAUCUCCAUCAAGAACUAGAGGCAAAAUUUUGUGAAGACACUUUUGACUGGGACCAAGUACGAAAUAACGAUGCAGCAGGACUGCUUAAAAUGUUUAUAAGAGAACUCCCAAGUCCGCUUUUCACAGUAGAAUAUCUGCCUGCUUUCAUCACGCUAGUAGAAAAAAUUUCCAAGAUCAAGUUACAGCUGCAAGCUUUGCACCUGUUGAUCAUGCUGCUGCCUGAAGCCAACAGAGACACAGCCAAGGCCUUUCUUCAGUUCCUGAAGAAGGUGGUUGCUAAUGAAGGGAAAAAUAAAAUGAAUUUGUGGAAUGUUUCUAUGAUUGUUGCACCAAACCUCUUCAUCUACAAAGGGAAACGUGCAAACCAACAAGAAAUGCAAGCAGCAGCCACCACAGCGCACAUUGUGCGACUUUUAAUUCGGUACCAGGACAUCCUGUGGACAGUCCCAUCCUUCCUGAUUGCCCAAGUGAGAAAAAUGAACGAGGCAGCAAUGAACAACAGCAAGAGGCAGCUGAUGUUUGACAAAGGCGUGAGAAAACUUCUGAGGAGAAAGACGAUGGAACGGGAGAGACCUGAAAGACCAGAGGGAGCUGUCACUUUUCCCCCAUACCUGCAGUCUGACAUACCCGAGGGGGUGAUAAGAGUUUAUGCUCCACUGCAUUCAAAAGUCUCUAUGGCAAUUCAACUCAACAGCCAAACAAAAGCCAAAGACAUCCUGGCUCGAUUCCACUGUGAAAACAGCCACGGAUCAUCACAGAAAAUGAGAGGCCAGAUCCAAAGUUUACAUGAAAUUGGAGGAAAUAUAGGUCAGCACUGUUUGGAUCCAGAUGCAUACAUGUUAGAUGUUUACCGUGCAAAUCCUCAGGCAGAAUGGGUGAUAAAACCAAAAGCAAGCUGA